UGAUGUUAGCACACAGAGAUACCUGGCUAGAUAAAAUAGAAUAUAUACAAUGUUUGCCAUUGGUCCUUAUUUACACUAUCACACAUUAUCGGGAGAGAAACACACUCUGUCAGUCAUUUCGAAGGACACAGACAGAUGCAAUGGACAGAUUGUCUACUGUGUUUUUGAGAGGGCGGGACACUCUGCCACCCAGACUGUCCAACAAGAUGUUGGAGCUACCGAACUACAGCAGCCAGCUGAUGCAGCAGCUGUGGGCCCUGAGGAAAGAGGGCCACUUCUGUGACUGCACCAUCCUGGUGGGGGACAGUCCUCACCGCGCUCAUAAACUGGUACUGGCCGCCUCCAGCAUGCUCUUCAGGUCUCUCCUGGACGGCUCGGACACAAUCUCCAUCGACACGGCCAUGGUGUCCUCGCAGGAGUUCGGCUGUCUGCUGGACAUGGUCUACACUGGCAAGCUGCCUCUCGGAAAACACAACGUGGGCCGCAUCGUCGCCGCUGCAGACAGCCUGCAAAUGUUCGACGUGGCUGUCGGCUUCAAAAACGUCCUCACCAGUCUUGUGAGACAGCAACCUCCAGUCCCAGUCCUCGCUACACAGAACCCAGGCCUCACCGUGAUCAACAAAGCCCAGAGCCUGGACCCAGAAGGUUCCGCUUCCCCCGGAGAGGACUCGACUUCAGACAAGACAGAGCUUAAACCUGAGCUGAAUAAGAAAGAGGGUCAGAGUGACAGUGAAGACACAGAGGAACCAACAAGUAAAAGAACCUGUGUGGAUUUCUCUGAGUCCUCAGAGGCAGAAGAAGCCGAACCCUCAGAAAGUGUAAAAGAAGAAGACACAACGGCAGCCAAGGCUUCCAACGGGUCUGCCACUGGUAUUCUGGAACAUUCCUCUGAGCUUGUGGAGCUCCUCAGCGAAGUGUCGUCUGUGCUGGAGCUGCUGAGCCAGGCAGCACAGAGAAGCCUGGACGAACAGGAGAGACAGGUUGUGUGUCAGUGCUGCGAGGAGGAGGCAGACCCCAGAUCAGCCAUGGAGAGGCUGGUGAGCAGAGUGAAGGAGGGCCAGCUCAGUGAAGGAGCGCUCCUCAGGCUGCUCCAAGCCGUUCAACUCAAAGCUCCUUCCUCCUUCCCCUCAUCGCUGCUCUCUCUGGUGGAGGAGGUGGAGAGGAACGCACAGCAGCCAAAGGCAACCCAAACAGGAGUUGACUCAGAGAAGCAGAACGGCACCAGAAGUGAAGAAAAGCAGGAGGAAGAGCGGGGGGAGGGAAGCAUUAAGGAAGAGACGGAGGACGACGAGGCGGUCACCAAUGCUACGCCAGACUCCUCCCCUCACACCUCCUCCUCGCCUUCCUCCAAGCCCUACUCCUGCCGCUGGUGCAAGAGGGGUUUUGCGUACAAGUGUCGCAUGUUGGCACACGUGAAGCGCUGCCCCAUGUCCCAGGAGUGUGAGCAGCAGUGCCCUCAGUGCCCGGAGAAGCUGGCCAACCAGCGGGCCCUGCAGCGGCAUCGGGCCGAGGCCCACCGCAACACUGCACCGGCCAAGAAGAAGAAGGUGGCAUGCGACCUCUGCGGGCGGACAUUCGCCCACCCAUCAGGCAUGAUUUACCACAAGCGCACAGAGCACUUUGAAGAGAAACCGUUCGCCUGUGAGGACUGCGGCGCCAAGUUCGGCGCCAACUCGUCUCUGAAGAAUCACAUGAGGCUGCACACGGGAGAGAAACCGUACUGCUGCAAACACUGCAACAUGAGCUUCGGCGUGGCCGCUGCACUUGCAUACCACACCAAGAAGAAGCACUCUGAGGGAAAGAUGUACGUGUGUCAGUACUGUAAGGCCGUCUUCGCCCAGUCCAUCGAGCUGACCCGUCACGUGCGAACACACACUGGUGAUCGGCCCUACGUGUGCAGAGAGUGUGGGAAAGGCUACAGCCAGGCCAGCGGCCUCACCGUCCACCUGCACACCUUCCACAAUUUGUCGGAACCUCAUGACUGUCAAAAGUGUUGUCUGAGCUUCUCCUCGCUGGAGGAGCAUCGCCAGCACAUCCAGGAGUUCCACCCAAAGGAGUUCCACAAGUGUCCCACCUGCAACAAGGUGUUCACCAGCGCCGCCCUGCUGGACAAACACAUAGGCACACACACUGGGACCAAGCCCUUCAGCUGCGAGCUCUGCAACAAGUCUUACCAGCAACUGUCAGGCCUGUGGUACCACAACAGGACCAACCACCCAGAGGUGUUUGCUAACCACACGCGGCAGCUCAAGACCCUGGUCCAGUGUGAUGUCUGCUUCAAGUUCUUCCCCAGCGCCGCCACUCUGGCGAAACACCAGGCUGCUGAGCACCAAGGCCCUGUGGUGGCGGCGGCGGCAGCGGUGCAGUGUCCGUACUGCCCGGCCGUGUUUGGCGGGGAGGAGGAGAUGCAGGAGCACAUCGUGGGCCAGCACGUCGUCCAGAGCGCCGAGGCGUUCAGCUGCCCGCUCUGCUCCCUGGUCUGCUCCUCCCAGCUGGAGCUGCAGGAACAUCUGCUCUCCUGCCACAUGGAGACACAGGAGGAGCAGGAGGCCAGGGAGGAGCAGGCCUCCACCUCCCACACGGAGAUUGCAGUGGAUCCAACAGGCAACGAGGGGGCGGAGUCAAUCCUCUCUGAGGAGCAGGCCCAGCUGGCAGCUGCCCAGCAGGUGUUUGUGGCCCUGGCAGGUGGACGCGAGGGGGAGUCGGCGGAGGUGGUGGAGGUCAACAUGUAUGACCUGCUGAACAGCUCGGUCACCUUCAUCUGUGAGGACAAACCGCCAGGUCCUGACUAUUUACCAUGAACUCUGACCCCUGGAGGGUGAAACCAGAGCACGGAGCAGCUUUACGGUUUUAUUGACUCUUCUCAUUGUUAAACGACAAGUCCACAAAGGACUAAACUGAAACAACUCACAAGCCCAGGACUCUUUGUGAUGUAGGUUCAUGUUUAGUCCACCUAAAUCCUCUCUGUGGUAGAGCUGUUUUGCAGUUUGAAUUAAAUGUGGUAAAUGUGGGUUUGACUUUACUUUACAAACAGAAACCCAGGUCGGCUUAUAAGAGAUAGUGAAACACAAAGGCAGAAAAACAAACCUGAGCUCUGUCAGGCUGCCACGGAAUGUGCACUUUCAAGUACAGGUGAGUGUCUGGCCAUGAGUCGUCUCACAUAGCCAGGCUUAUCUACACAGCACUAAGGAAAGGUCUGAUCAUUCUGGUAAAGGGGAAAGAUGCUCUGCUUUGUGUUUCUUUAAAGCAUUCACAAUUGUGUUGGCCGACGUUAAGCACAGAAUGCAGGGACGGAGCCCUCCAAAGUAGAUAGAAAGUAGAUACCAGCCAACGCCAGGCCUACACCCAGUGGUCAAGAGGUGGUUGAGCUAGAUAGACGGGAAGGUCGCUGAACAGAAAUGGAUAUACUAUAUGCUAUUUAUUCUAAUGUAUUUUUGGCUGAUAGGUGGGUAUACUGUAAAUCAGCAGAAAAGAGAUCUACCUCUUCUACUCAGUCUAUAUCCGAUAAGUCAGACUAGGCCAUGAGUAGAGCGAAAGGUAAUGUCCUUGGAAAAAGUUUUCAUGGAUAUAACUUUGCUAGUGUUUUAUUGAGCUUUUAAAAACAACUCUGAAAACUCCUUUCACACAUUUGUUCCCAAAGGUAUUAAAUAUGAUAAGGAAAAAUCAAUGGUCAAAGUCAGGUUUUUUUGAAAAAUAAGGGAAAACACUGAAAUUGUGUUUAAUAAGUGUCUUAGAUAUCCAUUUUUGUAUACUGCAUAUGUGUGCAUAUCUUUGAUAUUUUACAUGAUAGACUUCAUAGAUACCAAAGAAAUGUUCUUAUUAUAUUACAUUUAGUCAUUGGGCACAUGGGACUAGCGUUUUUGUCCAAAAAUGGUAGAAAAUGGCCAAGAACAGGCAGUAAAGUUUUCAUUAUGUUCACAACACACAUACAAGGGGCUCCUAUUAAUAUAAUCCAUGCAAAUAAAAGUUGCACAGAACUAUUUAAGUCCUACAGCAGGUGAAAACAUUCCCCUGAGCCAUUCUCCAUUUGUACCAAUGGGUUUCAGUGCACUUUCAGAAAAUAUGUCUGUUUGCUUCUAUUAAACCUCAGAACUUC